AUGGGCAUGGAUGCCAACAUGCGCAUCAGUUUUUACAUGGGUUUGAAUGGAUACGACCCGGAUUACGCAGCGGGGAGUGGCCUCAUCGGCAUCGAAGUGAAAGAUGCUGACCUGAGCUUCUGGGGUGGCGCUGUCAUUCGGGUCGACGGAACGGUCACGCCCUGGGGCCCAAGUACCGUUUACUGCAACAGCGCGACGUCCAUCGGCUGCCAACCCGCCGCAACGGGUUCAGCCACCACCACAGUUAUUUUCGCGCUCGCAAAUGUGCCGUCCGCCACGAACUUUGACGCUAUCAGUUGCGCGGGCAAGCGCGGGAGCCAGUGGUGCUGCGAUUCCAGAGGAACGCGGCAGGUCUGA